AACAACCAUAACCGCCAUAACGGCUGGCUGUGCGAGGCCCUUCCAGCAUUUCCACUUUUAUCAGGGACUGGAGAAAGCUGCGAGCCAGGUGCCAGUGCAGAGGGGCAGGGCGGACGGCUAGGAGCCUAAAGAACAGCCUGGUGUGACGGAAAGACUGCAGCCUGCGCCGCCAUGAAUAAGCUUUUCAGCCGCUGGAAAAGGAGGAAUGAGACCCAGAGCCUUACCUCCUCAGACCUGCCCAUAGGCCGGGGCUACAGGCUUCUAGAUAAGGAUGUAAAGAAACUUCACAGAGCUGCUUCACUCGGGGAUUUGAAGAAGCUGAAGAAAUACAUUCAGGUCAAGAAAUAUGAUGUGAACUCGCAGGACGAACAAUACAGAACACCUUUGCACUUGGCCUGUGCUAAUGGACAUACAAAUGUUGUACUUUUCCUAAUUGAGCAGAAAUGCAAAAUAAAUGUCCAAGAUAGUGAAAACAAAUCUCCAUUGAUUGUGGCAGUACAGUGUCAAAAGGAGGAUUGUGCUAACAUUCUUCUAAACUGUGGUGCAGACCCAAAUCUUAUGGAUUUUUGUUAUAAUACUGCUCUUCACUAUGCUGUUUAUGGUCAAAGUUUCUCAUUAGUUGAAAAACUGCUUGAACACAAAGCUGAUCUGGAAGCUAAAAACGAGGAUGGGUAUACUCCACUAUUACUUGCUGUUAUUAAAAGUAAUCCAAAAAUGCUAAAAUUUCUUCUGGACAAAGGGGCUGAUGUGAAUGCUGCAUAUAACUAUCAAAGAACAGCUCUUAUUAUUGCUGUCAGUGGUGAACUAAGAUGUCUACAAAGAAGUCUUCUUCAGCAAGGUGUGGAAUUAUCUUGUGAAGAUGUGAUGGAUUCACAGCUGAGGAAUAUGCUUCUCUCCAUGGUUUUACUGUAUACCCACAAUCAAUGGCAAAUUAUGGAAAGAAGAAAAAUGUUAAUAGAUACCUUAUUCUUGGUACGACAUGUGACUAAAGGAAGGUAUGAGACUCUUGGAGCCUUACAUUGUUCAGCAUUUAGAAGGAACUCUCAGCCAGCAAGAGGAUUCCAACCUGAGUGGAGGGUGUGCAAGAAGAAAAGGAGACAGACAGUUAACAGAGAAGAAUGCCAUGGACAAAAUGGCAAAACAGAACUUUUCAGCACUUAUUCCUUCACAGAAACAUCAAUUUGAACAGCCAUCCGUGCA